CAAUUUCGGAAAUAUAUUCAAAAUAACUGGAGCAUUCUAACAGAUAAUCGAGAAAUCGAUAUAAUGCACAAAUAUACCAAUUUUGGAAAACUGUCUACGAUAUUUAUAACAACAACUACUGGAAUAGCUACUGAAUCAUUCACAUUAGCUAAUGCAAUACACAUUUUUGGAAUGUUUAAAAUUGCUAGUUAUCGUAUGGAACAUAUGUUAAAAACAAACGCUCUACGAAUACCUGUAACUAAAAGUUAUAAGAUAUUCUAUGAUAAAAUAAUUGCUGCGGUAGACAUCCAUAGAAGAGCGCUUGAAUUUUCGGAGUUAUUACAAGCAAGCUUUGGAUUAUCGUAUCUGUUUAUGUUUAUAGUUGCUCUAUUUUCAGCAACUGUUAGUCUCUUUCGCCUGUUUCGAAUCCUAACAAUGGAAGAGGAAAAGUUAGAACUUAUUAAAUUUCUUCUAUAUGUGCUUUUCAUUUUUCUGUUCUUAAUUGCAGGCAAUUUUGUUGGACAAGAAUUUACAGAUUGUGACAAUCAUAUUCAUCGAAUAAUAUGCAAUACCCAAUGGUACGAUGCUCCGUUAAAAAUACAAAAAUUCAUACUUUUGAUAAGAAAAACUACAAAAAGUUAUAGAGUUAAGGCUGCCGGUAUGUUUAGUCCCAGUUUGGAAGGUUUCACUACGGUGAGAGGAUAUAUAUGUCAUUAA